AUGGCGAACGCCAGCGAAGCGGACGAGCCGGGCCUGCCGGGCCCCCCGGCGGCCUCCACCUACGCCAAGCUGCUGCUGCUGGGGUUGAUCAUCUGCGUGAGCCUGGCGGGGAACCUGGCCCUGGCGCUGCUGGUGCUGAAGGAGCGGGGGCUGCACCGGGCCCCCUACUACUUCCUGCUGGACCUGUGCCUGGCCGACGCCGUGCGGGCGGCCGUCUGCUUCCCCUUCGUCCUGGUCUCCAUCCGCCACGGCUCGGCCUGGACCCACAGCCCGCUCAGCUGCAAGGUGGUGGCCUUCCUGGCCGUCCUCUUCUGCUUCCACGCCGCCUUCCUCCUCUUCUGCAUCAGCGUCACCCGGUACAUGGCCGUGGCCCACCACCGCUUCUACGCCAAGCGCAUGACCCUGUGGACGUGCGUGGCUGUCAUCUGCAUGGUGUGGACCCUCUCGGUGGCCAUGGCCUUCCCACCCGUCUUCGACGUGGGCACCUACAAGUUCAUCCGGGAGGAGGACCAGUGCAUCUUCGAGCACCGCUACUUCAAGGCCAACGACACGCUGGGCUUCAUGCUCAUGCUGGCCGUGCUGGUGGGGGCCACCCACGCCGUCUACGGCAAGCUGCUUUGCUUCGAGUACCGCCACCGCAAGAUGAAGCCGGUGCAGAUGGUGCCGGCCAUCAGCCAGAACUGGACGUUCCACGGGCCGGGGGCCACCGGCCAGGCGGCCGCCAACUGGAUCGCCGGCUUCGGCCGGGGCCCCAUGCCGCCCACGCUGCUGGGCGUCCGGCAGAACGGCCACGCCGCCAACCGCCGCCUGCUGGGCAUGGAGGAGUUCAAGGCCGAGAAACGGCUGGGGAAGAUGUUCUACGUCAUCACCGUCCUCUUCCUCCUCCUCUGGUCGCCCUACAUCGUGGCCUGCUACUGGCGGGUCUUCGUCAAGGCCUGCAGCAUCCCCCACCGCUACCUGGCCACCGCCGUCUGGAUGAGCUUCGCCCAGGCCGCCGUCAACCCCAUCGUCUGCUUCCUGCUCAAUAAGGAGCUCAAGAAAGGGCUGGCGGCCCACGUGCCCUGCCGCAGGACAGAGCCCCCCCUGCCCCGGGAGCCGUACUGCGUCAUGUGAGGGGGGGCGCUGGAUACGUCACGCCGGGGGUGUCCCCGAAGGGUCAGGGCCGGGGGAGAG